AUGGUCGUAGACAAGGUUCCCGCGAAAGCUGCGAUGAAGGCAGCGGCUCCCGGCAAGCGCAAGGCGCCCGAGGAGUCCACCGUCUGGGAUCCCUCCAGCAAAUCUCCCAAGCCCGAUUCCAACGGGGGCUCCGCAGACCAUCAACAGAUUUCCGGCGCCAACGCGCUGGCCGUCGUCGAUCCAAGCGCGAUCGGCGGAGCUAUGGUGCCCGACGGGAAGCUCAAAGGGAAGGUGGCGAGGGGCGGAAGCAAGUACAAGGGCGUCUACCGCGAUAAGAACGUCUCCGGCAAGUACAAGUGCAGCAUCCGACGCAAGGAGCGCGAGGUGCACCUGGGCUACUACGGCAGCGAGGAGGAGGCCGCGAGGGCGUACGACAAGGCGCACUGGUGCUGCAAGUCCUCGACUAAGAACUUCGACAUCUCCACCUACGACGCGGAGGAGAUGGCGAAGAUCAAGGAGAUGCCCUCGAACGACCUCACGGAGCUGCGCAAGCACCUCGGCGUGGGGUUGAGCAAGGAGGGCAAGGAGGGCAGCAGCAAGUACCGCGGGGUGUGCAAGGAGAAGAAGACGCAAAAGUUUCGGGCCGAGAUUCAGAUCGCGGGGAAGAAGGAGAGCCUGGGAUACCACGCCAACGAGAUGGACGCCGUCCGCGCUUACGAUCGCGCGCUCAUCGUGAUGAAGGGGGACAAGGCCAAGACCAACCUGCCCAUCGAGCAGUACGACGCCGAGCGCGCCAAGCUCGCCGCCUACGACUUCAACGAGUUCCAGGCGAAGGAGAUUGAAACCAAGUCUCACAGAAACGCCAACUGGACGUCAAACUUUCGAGGGGUGCGACGGUACACGCACAAGCAAAAGAACGAUCAGCUGAACGUCAAGUGGCGCGCGGAGAUCACCGUGAACGGCAAAAAGAAGAGCCUCGGGUACCACGACACCCAGGAGGAGGCUGCGAGGGCGUACGACAAGGCUGUGGUGUCGCAGCCGGGUUUCAAGCGGCACUGGCUGAACUUCCCGGAGGGUGCCCUUCCGGCGCCCGCGCCCGCGGCGGCGCUGCCCGCGCCCGGUGAUGCACCGGGCGGUGCGGGAGGCGGUGCGAGAGGCGCGGCGGGUGGAGCUGGCGGGGUCAAGGCGAGGGGGGGUCUCAAGGCGAAGAAGGCUGCCGCGGCGGCGGCGGCGGGUGUGAAAGAGGAGGCCGGCCGGCCGGAAGGGGGCUUCCUGGCGUCGCUGGCCGAGUGA